CAAUGUCCCAUUUCUACUCUUUUUAUAUUUAUUUACUAUUUUUAUUUUUUAAAAUCAUGUCUAUAAAUAGGUUUUUAUAAUUCAUAAAUAGAAUCUCACUUUUCUUCUUCCUCUAUUUUCUCCAUAUCCUUCAAACAAAAUCUCCAUGAAGCUCUCUAAUUUCUUCAUUUUCUCCUUCUUCAUCUCAGGAUUUUUGUGGAGCGUUCAAGUUGAAGGUUCGACUCGUCACCAUCACAACCAUCACCAGCACCAGCACCAACAUAACAACAAUAACCCAAAUAUUUACAAAAAUGACCCAAAAAAACACCAAAUAUAUGGUUUUAAACCAACAAAAUUAUUUGUAUUUGGUGAUUCAUAUGUUGAUACUGGUAAUAAUAGAAAAUCAAUUGCUAAUUCUUGGAAAAAACCUUAUGGUGUCACUUUUCCCGGCAAGCCUUCUGGUAGAUUUUCAGAUGGACGUGUCCUCACCGAUUACCUAGCAAAAUUCUUUGGAGUGAAGUCACCAGUACCAUAUAGAUGGAUGAAAUAUGCAACAAACAGAUUAAGAUAUGGAGUAAAUUUUGCAUAUGGAGGAACUGGUGUUUUUAAUACAUUAGUUCCAGAGCCAAAUAUGACAACACAAAUUGAUUUUUUCCAAAAAUUAAUGGCUGAAUCAGUGUAUACAAAGGCAGAUAUUGAAGAAUCUUCAUUGUUCUUGCUUUCUCUUGCUGGAAAUGAUUAUGGUGCUUAUCUUGCUACUGGUGGUACAGUUCAGAAUCUUCCUGCCUUCAUAACAAGUGUGGUAAAUCAACUAGUUAUAAACAUGAAAAGAGUGAACCAGUUGGGUGCAAAAAAGAUAGCAGUAACAGCAUUGGAACCAUUAGGAUGUUUACCACAAAGCACAAUUUUAAAUUCAUUUCAACAAUGCAAUGCUACUGAGAAUACUGCUGUGGAUUUUCACAAUUCACUAUUGCAACAAGCUGUGGAGAAAUUGAACAAUGAAACAAUUGGUUCAACUUUUAUGAUUCUUGAUCUUUUUAGCUCUUUCAACACUGUGUUGAAUAGCAAAGGAGUGCCAGGAAGCACGAGGUUCGAGACACCACUAAAACCAUGUUGUAUGGGAAUAAGCAAAGAAUAUUCGUGCGGAAGUAUGAAUGAAAAAGGUGAAAAGAUGUAUACAGUAUGUAAUGAUCCAAAAUCUGCAUUUUUUUGGGAUAGAGUUCACCCUACUGAAGCUGGAUGGAAUGCUAUUUAUAAUGCUUUGAAAUCUACUCUCACUCAAAAAAUAUUAUAAUUUUUUUUAUGUUAAUUAAUAUCUUAGGUUUAAAAGUUUGUUGUUAUGUUUAAUUAGGGAUAGAGUCUUUGUACUUGGAAGUGAUCUUAAGAAAAUAAAUGUAAUUGCAUUUGUAGUUCCAAAGUUUUUGUGAUAUUUAUUUUAGGGUGAUUUGUACAAGUAAGAUUUUUCAGUGUCAUCGUUUAAAUUUUGAUCUUAUUUAUGAAAGAGAUACGCAUUCAGUA